AUGUCCUUAACCAGGCUCGCGCUAAUCUCGCGGAGGCUACAACCACUUUGUCGUGGUGUACAUGUGAAGACAAUGUCCACUCCUAACGAAAAUGCUUUGAAGUUUAUCUCCACGGAUGGGGAGCUGCUUCAGGAAAGAGGAAAGCCCAGUGUUGAGAUAAAAAACACGGACGAAAGCCUAAUCAAACACUCGCCAUUGGCAGCGCGUAUCUUUACGCAGUGCCCAGGUGUGGAGUCGCUAAUGAUUGGUGAUGAUUUUGUAACUUUAAACAAAGAUGAAAUGGUUCACUGGAAUCAGGUAUCUCCUGGAGUCAUCGAUCUUCUAACACAAUACUUAGCAUCCGGUAAGGAAGCUUUAAGCCCUGAUUUUUACAGCGUUUAUGAAGAUUCUGUAGGAUAUGACGUGAACAUCCCGAAGUUCGACUACAAUGAAGAUGAGCAGGAGAUUAGUGACAUGAUUGAAGAACUUAUCCAGACUAGGAUAAGACCGGCAAUAAUGGACGAUGGAGGAGAUAUUCAAUAUCGAGGUUACGAUCCUCAGACAGGAACUGUGUAUCUGAAGUUGCAAGGCGCAUGCAAGUCGUGUUCCUCAAGUGAAGUCACGUUGAAGCAUGGCAUAGAAUCAAUGCUCAAGCAUUACAUUGAAGAGGUUCAAGAUGUAGUACAAAUUCUAGAUCCAGAAGAACAGGUUGCUCUCAAGGAAUUUGAGAAACUUGAGAAAAAGCUUGAUGCCAAAAGCUCUUGA